AUGCUCGACUUCGACGGGGACGAGUCGGAGAGGAGAGUGAGGUCGCUCGAGCUGGCGGUUAGGGUUUUGGGAAUGGUGUCGAGCAGGCUCGAGGACCGCGAGAGCUUCGCGAGCGCGGUCGCCAAGAGCGAUCGCCGCCGCUUGGAUUCGAUCCUCGCGGUGAUCGAACGGGGAAAACCGGAGUCGAAGGUCGCGGCGGUCAGGAUCCUCGAAUCGGCCGCCGUGGACGCCGAGACGAAGCUCGCGAUGGCGGAGUGCGAGCAGCUCCUCCUCCGGCUGCUGAACCUGGUGGCCCCGGAGACCGAUCUCGCCCUGCUCGACGCCAGCCUCUCCUGCCUCAUCCAAAUAUCGGUCUCGAAGCGCGCGAAGACCAGGCUGGUGGCGCUCCGGUCGAUCAGGCGGCUCGCGCAGCUGCUCUCCGCGCCGACCUCGACCGUCCCGGUGACGGAGAAGGCGCUGAAGCUGCUCGAGGUGGCGUCCUCCGUGAAGGAAGGCCGGGCCGCGCUGUGCGGCGACGCGGCCUGCCUCGAGUCCGUGCUGCAGAAGGUGUUCAAGGUGUCGGGGGCGGCGACGGAGCACGCGGUGGCGACCCUCUGGAGCGCGUGCUGCCUCUUCGGGGACCAGAGGGCGCGGGAGGUGGUGGCGGAGUGCAACGGGGUGGCCAAGAUGCUGCUGCUGAUGCAGAGCAAUUGCCCCGCUCCGGUGCGGCAGAUGGCGGGCGACCUGCUCCGGACCUGUAAGGCGAGCUCCAGGCCUCCAUGCUUGUCCAGCUACGACACCAAGACGACCCACAUCAUGCCCUUCUGAUCUUGGGCGAACCGGGGAUCGAGCAUCGACGUCAGCCAUGAACAGUGCGGAUCGAGAGACACAGAGAGAUUGACUGUGCAAUGCGUGUAAAAAAUCAAAAGUGGAAAUUUUUGGUAGUGAAUACGAGAGGCAAAAGAUUCAUUUGAUUUUGUCCAUAGAUUGUUGGGGGCUUAAAGAAGAGAAAAGGGCAGGGGAGCUUUUCGGCCAAAUCGCUGCUCGCCAUGUCUGUACCAUCACAGUGCAGGUAACAGCAGCCGAUGCAGGAUCGCACGGUUCUGAG